AUGUCAGUGGUCAGCGCGUUGCCGUUCAUGAGGCCGCUCCACAUGCCCUCUUCGGUGCCGCGGGGCCGCCGCCACACGCUGCCGGCCAGCGAGUUCCGCUCCCUCAGCCCGGAGGAUGCGAUCAGCGUGUUCGAGAUAGAGAGAGAAGCCUUCAUCUCAGUGUCCGGUGAGUGCCCCCUCCACCUGGAUGAGGUGCGUCACUUCCUCACCCUGUGUCCAGAGCUGUCUCUUGGCUGGUUCGAGGAGGGACGCCUGGUGGCUUUUGUCAUCGGCUCUCUGUGGGACCAGGAGAGGCUUACCAUGGAUGCCCUGACUCUCCAUAAGCCUCACGGCCCCACUGUGCACAUCCACGUCCUGGCCGUCCACCGGACCUUCCGUCAGCAGGGAAAAGGCUCCAUCCUGAUGUGGCGCUACCUGCAGUACCUCAGGUGCCUGCCCUACGUCCGCCGUGCCGUGCUCAUGUGCGAGGACUUCCUGGUUCCCUUCUACCAGAAGUCGGGUUUCAAGGUGCAGGGCCCCAGUAAGAUCACAGUGGGGCCCCUCACGUUCAUCGAGAUGCUGUACCCGGUCAGGGGCCACGCCUUCAUGCGACGUAACAGCGGUGUUUGA